AUGCUGUCUGCGGCGAGAUCGUCGUUUGGCAAUGUUGCCAAAGUGCCAUUUGUGGCCAAGCAAUGUUUUGGUUUCACGCCCCGGAGGUUUAAGUAAUUUAUUUUCAUUUUUAUGUCUUGACUUUAGAAGAUUUUAAGAAUAUUAAUCGCCUUAUUGUUAUAGAUCCGACGCCGUGAAAGGUACCGUGAUAGGAAUUGACUUGGGAACAACUAACUCAUGUGUAGCUGUGAUGGAAGGUCAAUCUGCAAGGGUUAUUGAGAACGCCGAAGGUGUAAGGACGACUCCAUCAGUAGUUGCGUUCACUGCUGACGGAGAGCGUCUUGUUGGAGCCCCUGCCCGCCGCCAAGCAGUUACCAACAGUCAGAACACCCUCUACGCUACUAAACGUUUGAUUGGUCGACGAUUUGAUGACCCCGAAGUGCAAAAGGAUCUUAAAGUUGUGCCAUUCAAGAUUGUGAAGGCGCCCAACGGAGAUGCCUGGGUAGAAGCUCAAGGGAAACAGUAUUCUCCAUCUCAAGUCGGUGCAUUCGUCCUCACUAAGAUGAAGGAAACCGCUGAAAGUUACUUGGGAACUAAAGUCAACAACGCUGUCAUCACUGUUCCUGCCUACUUCAACGAUUCUCAACGUCAAGCCACAAAGGAUGCUGGUCAGAUUGCUGGUUUGAACGUUCUUCGAGUCAUCAAUGAACCAACUGCCGCUGCUUUGGCUUAUGGCUUGGAUAAAUCGGACAACAAAAUGUAUGUUUCUGCGGAAAAGAGUAUAAUUUUCUUUUUAGUAUCGCUGUUUUCGAUUUGGGAGGAGGAACCUUUGAUGUAUCAGUCUUGGAAAUCCAAAAGGGAGUGUUCGAAGUUAAGUCAACCAACGGAGACACUUUCCUUGGAGGAGAAGAUUUCGACAAUGCGCUGGUUAAUCAUCUUGUUGCGGAAUUCAAGAAGGAAGCCGGAAUCGAUCUCACCAAGGACCCCAUGGCCAUGCAACGACUUCGCGAAGCCUCUGAGAAAGCCAAAUGCGAGCUGUCCAGCACAACUCAAACAGACAUUAACCUUCCAUAUAUCACUGUGGAUGCCUCAGGACCAAAACAUUUGAACAUAAAGCUGACCCGUUCCAAAUUUGAACAGCUUGUUAGUGACCUCAUUAAGAGAACACAAGAACCAUGUAAGAAGGCCAUGGUUGAUGCUGAAGUCAAGCCUUCCGACAUUGGAGAGGUCUUAUUGGUUGGGGGUAUGAGCAGAAUGCCAAAGGUCCAACAGACUGUCCAAGACAUCUUUGGCCGUGUUCCCAGCAAGGCUGUUAACCCCGAUGAAGCCGUUGCUAUUGGUGCUGCCAUACAAGGAGGAGUCCUGGCUGGAAAUGUGACUGAUAUCCUUCUUCUUGAUGUUACUCCGUUGUCUCUGGGUAUCGAAACUUUGGGAGGUGUGUUCACUCGUCUUAUCCCAAGAAACACUACUAUUCCAACCAAAAAGAGUCAAGUAAGUUCGUAUAAUUUUUAUCUUAUUCUUUCUUUUAGGUCUUCUCAACUGCCGCUGAUGGACAAACUCAAGUCGAAAUCAAGGUUCAUCAAGGGGAGAGAGAUAUGGCCUCGGACAACAAGCUGCUCGGUCAAUUCUCUUUGGUCGGAAUUCCUCCAGCUUCUCGAGGUGUUCCUCAAAUUGAGGUUACGUUUGACAUUGAUGCCAACGGUAUUGUAAAUGUAUCUGCUAGAGACCGAGGAACCGGAAAGGAACAACAGAUUGUUAUUCAAUCUUCGGGUGGUUUAAACAAAGAGCAGAUCGAAAAGAUGAUCAGAGACGCCGAGAAGCAUGCUGUCGAAGAUGCCGAGAGGAAGGAAUUGGUCGAAGCCGUAAACUCCGCUGAGUCUGUUGUCAACGACACCGAACACAAGAUGACCGAAUACAAAGACCAACUUAAUGCUGAUGAGGUAAAACCAAAACUUUGUCAACUUGCAUUUGAGAGCGCUUUGAAAAUAAUUUUUUUUUCAGGCUAAAGCCCUGCAAGAAAAGAUCGACGAAUUGAAACAAAAGUUGGCCAACAGAGACGGACUCAAGGCUGCUGAGGUGAAGGAAUUGGUCGGAACUGUCCAACAACAAUCCCUCAAGCUGUUCGAGGCCGCCUACAAGAAGAUGGUUGAGAAAAACCAGGGCUCCCAGCAACAAACCGAGACCUCCUCGGAUGAGCAGAAGAAGGAGGAACAGAAAUAA